UGCAGCUCAGCGCACAGCACUUGCAUGUAUGGCCCAACUGCGGAACUGCCUAAACGAGUCCUGGAAAUGACACCAGAUUCUGAAAACAAUAUCAACGUGCGCUUGGUUGAAGACUUGAGUGGGCAAGAGAAAUAUAUCUGUCUGAGUCAUCGAUGGGGAGCAUCAACACAUCUAUGCCAAACAACAAUCGACAGCCUGCCUAAGCAUCUUGAGGGAAUUCCCUGGAAUCUCUUGCCCAAGACCUUCCAAGAUGCCGCCAAAGUUGCCGUAUGGCUUGGAAUCAAAUACUUAUGGAUUGAUUCGCUGUGUAUCAUUCAAGAUAGCAGUGAUGAUUGGAAGGUUCAAGCAGCUCAAAUGUGUGAGAUUUACUCUGGAGCUUACGUGACCCUCGCAGCAGCAUGGGCUGCUGAUAGCGAUGUUGGUCUGUUUCGCGAAAGCGCUUCAUUCAAAAUGACUCCAGAACUUCCACUCUUAAGCAGAGCCUGGGUCUACCAGGAGCGUCUUCUAUCUCCAAGAAUUGUCUAUUUCACAAGAUACGAAGCCGCCUUUGAAUGUGCAGGCAGCAAUAGGGACAAAAUCUGCGAGAAAUACUGGCACCAAAUCGUGGGAGAAUAUUCUGGGCUGCGCAUCUCAUUUACAUCAGACCGUCUUCCUGCCCUUGCUGGUGUCGCCCGACAGUACGGAACAGCCCACUCAGCCGAUCUGGGCAGAUAUGUGGCAGGAAUGUGGGAAAACUGCUUUCCUUCCGAGCUACUUUGGUACUGUGCCUCUAGAAGAGUUCAUCAUCGCCCAGAUUCUUAUUGCGGCCCGACUUGGUCAUGGAUUUCU